UGAUGAAGUUAUAGUUGAUAUACUAUACACUAUUCACUAUUGUUUAUAAAAAUCAUAUUUUAUUAUUUAAUGUAUCCAUUUAUUUCAAUCCAAGGAUUUAAUUUUGAUGAUCACAAAUUAUUAAUUAUUAAUUAAAUAAUUGAUUAAUAAUUGAUGAUUAACAGCAUUUGAUUUUGGGUAAUUGACAGAAAGUACAGAAUGGUAAGAUGCGUUAUCCAUUACAAUAACGCAAGGUUCCUCUAAAUUGUUUAACAUAUCAAUAAACCAUUUCUUAAAUAAAGUGGCGUUCAUUUGUGUGGUAAUCUGGGUGUGUAGGACUUGAUUUACAGCGUAAUAUUAAUUUAGAAUUAUUUACAAAACCAAAUUUACUUGAACCGGCAUGACAAAUAAGCAAUCGACCUCCUUUUCCAGUCGGCACCUUUAAUCCUUCAGUAUUUUGAGCAUUUUGCCAAAUUUGGCCACGUGAAUGAUUUUGGUAUACUGCUUUGUUAUACUAUACACACCGUCGUACAGCUAUUUUUUUUUUUACUUAGCUCGCGCCACGACCGUGGCGCUGGAUAAUCAGUACUGUAUAUUAUAACGACGACCAGUUUUGCGACGGCAGCCACAAUAGAGCGCUGUAGUCGCUGACGGCAAAGGUGGUGUUCCAUGUCUUAGUAUGAAUAACGGGAAGUGGUUACAUCGUCAAGGUCCGCUCAAACCGAAGCGGUAGCGGUGGCGGUAGCGGCAGCGAAAUUUAAUACCCAUACGUUUUAAUAUGAACGCACUCACUAUCGCGAAAUUAAUACCGCGGCGAAAAUGUUACCGCAAGAUUGAACGCGAUAUUUUUUUUUUUCGCUGCAGACACUAUAUUUUUCGCUUACCGCUGCGAUAAUCAGUUGUAAAUUCCCAACUAUGAGUUAUUAAUAUAUUAAUAUCUAUAAAAAUUUUAUCGUUACAUUGCAUGAUAUAUUUUGACUUUAUAUUCAAACACAUUGCAGUUGAAUCUAACUAACGUCGUGGUGUUUGAAUGUAUGAACGAUUUUCUUGUUUAAAAUUUAUAAUUUAUAAUAAAAAUGACCCAUAAAGUUGAACAGUUAAUAGCUAUUGUUAAAGAAUAUCCCAUCAUAUAUAAUAUGACACUUCUAGAAUUCAAGGAUACGAGAAAAAAGAUUAUAUUUGGGAUCACGAAAUAAGUGUUAAAAUGAACGGUGAAAGCGGAGAUGUAUUAAAAUCGAAGUGGAAAAACCUACGCGAUACGUAUCAAAAGCAUUUGAGAGCUAACAAAACAUCUACGGGCCAAAGUGUAAAUGGGACCAAAAAUAAAAACCUCUCUGCUUAUAAAAAGUGGCAGUGGGCGUCUCAUAUGGAAUAUUUGAAAGAACAUAUGACUUUUGCCGAAACUAUAUCCAACGUCCAUGAACCUGCUCAAGACGAAGAUAAUGAUACGAACGAUUUGUUAAACUACACCGCAUCUACUUCUGAAAAAAACGAAGUCAUAUUUUCUGCGUCUCCUAAAAAUCCUCAUAAAAAGUUUAGAGAUCUAAGUCAAAAAAAUAUUGGAAAUGAUUCGCAAUGUUCCAAUAUUGACAAAGUUUUAGAGCAUUUUAAAAACAAAAGCAAAACCUCACAUAAUGCUAUGGAUGGGAUUGAACUGUUAAUGAUGGACCACGCAAAAACUAUAAAAAUUUUUUCAGCUAGACGGCAAGCAAUAGCUAAAAACAAAAUAGCUAAAUUAAUCGGGGAAUUAGAGUUGGAACAAAUCGAUGAAGACACAACAACAUCGUCUUCGUCUCAGUCGUCUCACUAUAGCAUACCAUCAGUGACUCCAACGAGUCCGACGCCGUCGAUUAUCAGAAAUUAUGAUAAUGCUGACAAUUUGGAUGCAAUGUACUAUCAGUUGUAGUCAAUUUUAUUUUUUAUUUAUUCAAAUCGAUGAGUGUAAAAAAAGGAACAUAUAUCUAUAUAAAAUUUUUUUUUGUUUAAACAGUAGUACUACCUAUAUUUUCUAACAGUUAGAU